AUGAUAAACCGGUUACUAUACGCCAGUAGUAAAAUAAAUAAUAAAUCACAAAUACUUGGUAAAAGUUAUAUUAAAAAUGGAGUUGUGACACCAUUAUUAUCAUCAACUCAAAUAAUAGACUUUAUUCAAAAACAUAAUCAAACAAUUCAAAAUUUUUCAACAACAACAACAACCACAACUACAACAAUUAUAAAUAAUGAAAUAAAUGAAAUAGAUGAAGAUGAAAAAUCAAAAACAGGAAUAAUAAUUAACUCAAAUUCAAAUUCAAAUUUAGAUUCAAAUUCAAAUUUAAAUCCAAAUUCAGAUUCAAAUAAAGAGGAUGAAAAUAUAGUUUUAAAUAAUGAAAUUUAUAAUAAAAUAAAAUAUUUAUCUAAAGAUGUUAAAGAAUCAUUAAAGAAUCCAAAUUGGAAAUAUUAUAAAACAAUUGAAAAGAAAAGUAUGUUAAAUGAUUUAGAUAGAUUUUUAGAGAGUUCAACCAAGAUAACAAUGAUACCAGAAAGAUUAUACGGAUUAUUUAUUGUACAUUGUAUUAGUAAGAAUAAAAUUGGUGAUGCAAAUUAUUUAUUUCAAUAUACACCAUUAAUAAAGGGUGAUUAUUAUUAUCCAUUCGUUUCAAUUUCAAAUUAUUACCUCAAUAAUAAUGAUUCAAAUGGAUUUAUAGACUUUUUUCAAAAGAAUAUUAAAAAAUAUAAAUCAUUUUUAGGUACAAUUGAUUUUUUAAUUUUAUUAAAAAAUUGUUUAAAUUAUAGAGAUAAAAAGAAGAAACAUGAUGGUGAACAUAGUAAUGCUAAUGGUAAUGGUAAUAGUAAGAAUAAUCAAAUUGAAGAAGAACAAAAACAAGAAGAAGAAGAAGAAGAAGAAGAAGAAGAAGAUUUUAAAAUUGGUUUAGAAAUUCAUGAAAAAGUUUUAUCAAUAAUUAAUGGUAAAAAUUUAACAACUGGUAAAACUUAUUCAAGUGCAAUCACUUCAUUAACACAUGGUUUAAUUUAUUCAAAAUCUAAAUUAAAAACUGAAACUUAUGAUAAUUCAUUUCAAAGAAUUUAUCAAGAAUAUUUAAAUUUUAUUUCAAAUAAAAAUCAAAUUCGAAAUCAAAUUAACGAUGGUAGUGAUAAUAAUAAUAAUGAUAAUAAUAGUAAUAAUAUUAUUAAUGGUAAAGAACAAAAUCAAAGUAAUAAUAAUAGUAAUAAUAAAAAGAUUAAAAUUAGUUCAACAAUGUAUUCAACAUUAUUUCAAUUAUAUAUAAAAAGAAAAGAUAUUGAAAAAUGUAAAAUAAUGUAUGAAGAGAUGAAAAGUGAAGCUUUAGUGAUUGUACCAUCGAUAUUUUAUCAUUUAAUAGUAUUAGCAAAAGAAUGUAAAGAUAUUGAAUUUUAUAAUCAACUUAUAAGAGAUACACUUUGUUUAGGUAAAGGUUAUGUAGCGGCAAUGGUUUUAUUGUAUACGAAAUACUAUGGUCAUGGUGGCAGUGAGAUUAGGUUUAUCUAUGAGGAUUUGGUUAAAUGUAUCGAUCAAGGUAUGAUGAAUAGUGAUAGUAGCAGCAGCAGUGCGCAAGAAAAAAGAGACCAUUUGGUAACCAUUGAAAAGUUGAUAUCAUCGUUUCUAAAGAUCAAUAGAUACCAUUUGGCAUUGGAAUGGUAUGCAAAACGUAUCGUUGACUACAGGUUGGCACCAAAUCAUAGGAAUAUAGUCUCAUUCAUAGUUCAUCAUAUAGAGAGAUACGAGAAUAAUCUACGUGAUUAUUGGGUGAAUGUCAUGUUUAGAUUUGGUAUAAACAUUAAAGCACCCGCAUUAGAGUCAUUGUUGAACGAGUUCCAUCAUAUGGACCCUUUGAAUAAUAUACGUAUAAUCCAUAAUUUCUUAGACCCAGAGGCACCAUUCAAAGCGUUGGAGGAGGAUCCUGAAGGGAUUAAAAUCGAAGCGAGUCAUAUCAUUCAUAAGAGACCUUCGAAUUUAGUGAUUCCAAAAUUAAUUUUUAAAAAUCAUUUCACAAAAAAAAGAGGUGAGCAAUUGGUUCAAUACAUUAAUGACACCUAUCAUUCUAAAGAUAAAAUACCAUUCAAUGAUCUAUUGAUUCAAUCGAUUCUUGCCAUUAAAUCAGUUGAUGAUGCAAAACUUUAUUUAUACAAUUUCUAUUUACCCUCGAAUCAAUACAUUAGAAGCAUCAUAUUCGAUCCUUUUGUAUACCAAUUAUUACUUAAACCAUCGAAUCCUAGGGCUGUACUUAACUUUGGUUUAAAUUUAAUCUACAGUGAACCAGAUGCAAUCAAAGAUCUUCCAACAACUUUAAAUUCGAUUUUCAAUGUUUUCCUCAACGAGCGUAUGUAUGAUGUGUCUAAUAAAAUUUUGAAUAAAAUCAUCUUAACCAAUAGUCAUCCUUACCUCGACGAUUUACCAUCAACUCUUGGUAAAUAUAUAAAAUCAACACUCACUCAAGAUUCAAUCAAUAAAAUCAAAUCUCUUAUUGAUUCUGAAAAACAAGUUCAUGUUUGCUUUUCAAAUUUAUUUCUUAAACAUUUACUUUCAAAUUAUUUACAAUCAAAAUCUAGUAAUGAUUCAAUUCAAUUCAUUGAAUAUUUUAAAAAAAUUAAAGAUAUUGAUACACAAUCAAUUAAAAUUUUAAUUAGUUUUUUAAUUGAAAAAGAAAUUAAAUUAAUUGGUUAUAAUAAAAUGAAAAAUAAUAAUAAUAAUAAUAAUAAUAAUAAUAAUAAUAAUAAUAAUAAUAAUAAUAAUAAUAAUAAUAAUAAUAAUAAUAAUAAUAAUAUAGAUGAUAUUGAUGAUGAUGAUGAUAAUAAUAAUAAUAAUUUUAAUAAUAAUCCAAAUAAUAAUAAUAAUAAUAAUAAUUUUAAAGAAGAUCGAAGGAUUAAAAGAAAAAAUAUAAAAGUUGUAAAGAAAUUAAUUAUAGAUUUUAAAAAUAUAGUUGAAGAUUUAUUAUUAUUAAAAAUUAAAGGUUUAGAAUCAAGACAAAAAACAAUUGAUAGAAAUAAACAUGAAGAAAGAAUAAAAUAUAUUGAAAGAUUAAAUCAACAUCAUAAUGCGAAUUUAACACAUCCACAAAUUGAAAGACUUGAUAUAUUGGAGGGUACUUCUAAAUAUAGUUAUAAUAAAAAAGAGAGAAAUCAAAGACGUCUAAAAGAACAAUUUAAAAUAUUACAAAGCCAAGAGAAAUUGAAAAAAUUAAAAAUUAAAGGUUCAGAACGUACUAUUAAAAUACAACAAAUACAAUUUGAACCACAAGAAACACAAAAACUAAAAAGAUUAAUGGGAGAACGUAUAACUAUUUUCCUUGGUGAUCAUUUGGAACCUGUCGAAUUCGAUUUACCUUCAAAAGAUAUAAUUCAACCACAUUCAACACUUUUAGUUGAUGGUUUACAAAAUGUUCAAAUUUUAGAUUUAAUAAUUCAAUCUUUAUUAAAGAAACCUCAAUUUGUUGAAAGUAUCUUUGAUUUCCUCUAUAAUUUUUCAAAUGAUUUUAAAUUUAAUUAUUUUCUUGAAAAAUCAAAAUUAAAAAAAGUUCAAAAAAAGAAUAAAAAUAAAAAUAAAAAUAAUAAUAAUAAUAAUACAGAUGAUAAUAAUACAGAUAAUAAUAACAAUACAGAUAAUAAUAACAAUACAGAUAAUAAUAACAAUACAGAUAAUAUAAAUAAUAAUACAGAUAAUAAUAUAAAUAGUAAUAAUAAUAAUAUAGAUAAUAAUAAUAAUAAUAACCCUAAUAAUAUAGAUAAUACAAUAGAUAAUAAUAAUAAUAAUAAUAAUAAUAAUAAUAAUAAUAAUAAUAAUAAUAAUAAUAAUAAUAAUAUUGAUAAUAAUAUAAAUAAUAUAAAUAAUAUAAAUAAUAAUAAUAAUAAUAAUAAUAAUAAUAAUAAUAAUAAUAAUAAUAAUAUAAAUAGUAAUGAUAAUAAUAAUAUAAAUAAUAGUAAAAGAAAAAAAGUAGGUCCACUCCUUUGUAAAAUUUCACAAAAUACUCUUGAAUUGGUUUUAAAGAAGGCUUCAAAUAUUGAACAUUUGAAACCACAUAUUUAUCCUUUAUUCUUGAAAUAUCAUAAAGCAAGCCCAAGACCAAUAGUUUAUAAUCCUCAAAUCAUUGAAAUAGUUAUGGAUUGUCCAAAUUUAGAUAAAGAUCUUGUUAAUUCACUCAAACAAAAAGUUGAAGAAAACAAAGAUCAAGAAAAAUUAGAAAAUUUACCAUUAUCAUUACCACCAGAUAAUAUUUUAAAUUAUUAA